AUGGCAUUUAACAUAAUGAACGCCACGGAAAAUGCUAACAACAUCAACAUGGACAACAUGGAUGAUUCGGAAAACAAUGCGAAGGUUUCAGACUCUGCUUAUUCCAACAGUUGCAGCAACAGUCAGGCGAGAAGUCGUAGUUCACACUCAACCCACUCUGGAAGCCAUUCCAGCGGGAGUAGUGGAUACGGUGGUAAGCCCUCCACUUCAGGGUACAGCAGCAAUAAUGUGAGCCAACCGCCUGAGAUACGAUGUAAAAUAAAGAAAAAGAAGAAGCAAAUAGAGACUGAAGAUGUGUCUAUCCAAGAAGAGAAGCAGAGCGUUCCUGACCCUGAACCGGAAAUUCAGACGAUAGAAGAAGAAUCUACAGACGAUUGUGUUAGCUCACCAGUCGUGCAGGCAGAGAUACCACAAGCUGAGAAUAUUGAGCUGUCAACUACAGAUAGAAGCAGCGUCAAAGAUAAGGCCAGUUCCUGCAAUUACUCAUUACAGGCACCAGCUUGUACCAUAGUUAACAGGGGUGACGGAUUUUCGUGUGUUAUAUCUAUGCAAGAUGGUGUUGUUAUGUAUACAACGAACUCUUUGACCAAUACAUUAGGUUUCCCGAGGGACAUGUGGAUUGGAAGAUCCUUCAUUGAUUUUGUUCAUCCGAGGGACCGCAACACAUUCGCGUCGCAGAUCACGAAUGGUGUGGCAAUCCCGAAAAAUGUUAAUGGUACGCAAAAAAAAGGUAACACAUUGUCGACGAUGGUGUGUCGUAUACGUCGUUACAGAGGUCUGGCGACUGGUUUCGGCGUGAAAAAUCGACUAGUGUCCUUCAUGCCGUUUCUGCUCAAGCUGUCGUUCAGAAAUAUAUGCGACGAAGAAGGAGAAGUCAUCUACUUACUCGUACAAGCGACGCCGUUUUUUCCUGCUUUUAAAGUACCAAACGAAAUAGUGUCCAAGGCAGUACCGUUUGUGAUAAGGCACGCGGCGAAUGGUGAUAUAAAAUAUAUCGAUCCAGAAUCAGUACCCUACUUGGGGUAUUCACCACAGGAUAUAAUAAAUAAAGAUGCGUUACACCUGUAUCACCCGAACGAUCUAACAUAUUUGAGACAAGUCUACGAGACUAUCGUUAAGGAGGGUGGUGUACCACGCUCGAAGCCUUACAGAAUGAUGACGCAAAAUGGCGAUUACGUCAAAAUAGAAACAGAAUGGUCAUCAUUCAUAAAUCCAUGGUCGAGAAAACUUGAGUUUGUCAUUGGAAAACAUCUGCUAAUUGAAGGCCCCGCCAAUCCAGAUGUAUUUCAGACGUCAGAGAAGACAACGAAAUUCACUGAAGAAGAGAAGAACAAAGCGCAAGCACUUCGUGAAAGCAUUAUUCGAGUAAUGAAUGAAAUUUUAACAAAACCGGCUGAGGCGGCCAAGCAGCAAAUGACGAAGCGCUGCCAAGACUUGGCUUCGUUUAUGGAGAGUCUUAUGGAAGAAGCGCCUAGAACAGACGACGAUAUGUGGCUUGACAUAAAAGAGCCCGACAGUGCUUAUUACGACUUUUCGGUACAGGAAAGAGAUUCGGUUAUGCUUGGUGGUAUUUCGCCCCACCACGAUUGUAAUGACAGCAAGUCUAGCACCGAAACGCAGAUGAGUUAUAAUCAGCUGAAUUACAGCGAGACUUUGCAGCGAUAUUUCGACAGUCAUUUACCAUACUCGGAAGACAGUAGUAACUCUGAUUCUGUUGCUAAGCCGACCACAUCCAAGGCAAACUCAACCGGUCAAUGCAUGUCGCCAAUGGGCCAAAACUCGGGCGAUUCCGUUGACCUGACUAGUUCGUGUGACUCAAGCGCGCUGGCUAUCUCAAAUUCCGGGCAGACCUUAGGCAAUUAUUCAAUUAUUCGAUUAACGGAGUCUGCUUUGAGCAAACAUAAUUCAGUGAUGGAGAAAGAAUUAAUGAAGAUGCACCGUGAAGUCAAAUCUGGCAACAAAGACGACAGAAAGAAAUCUUCCAAAGAAUCAAGACUGAAAAAGAAAGAACAUUUGGCUCGGUGUAACGCGUCUUUCUUGCCUACCUCGGCUGGACUAUCUACUAUUGAAUCAGAGCCACUUGGUUUAAAACGAUCGUCGAGACAAUCAGAAGAGUCUGGAGCGUUUUUCAAGCAUCGAUCCUCAACAGCAAAACUGGCAAGGCGAGGUGACAACACUGAUAUGCCGCGGCCGUCAACUUCAACCAAUAUAAUAUCUCCUAUGGCGUCUAAUACAGUCAGCAACAUGAAUACUUUCUUCCUAGGUAUUCCGCAGCAGAUGUCAAUGAUGAGUCCCGUACAGACUGUUCCAGGUAUGGUCCCAUUGUGUUACGUGCCCGCGUCACCACAACGAUUACCCGUUGACGUAUCGCGGAAUGAAAGUCAGAGCGCAUCCAAUCAACAAUAUCCUAUGCCUUGUGUGAUGUAUGGUCAGCCAGUCUAUGGAUCCCCAAUAAUGUAUUCGCCCGUGCCUAACACCCAAAUGCAACAAAUGCAUCAAAUGCAGCAGAUGCAACAAUUCCAACAUAUUCAACACAUACAACAGUUGCAACAAAUGCAGCAAAUACAACAAAUGCAGCAGAUACAACAGGGUUUCAUGGCGCAAAACUAUGGUGCAGGCAUGCAUCCCCUUGGAUUGCCAAGCGCUAACUACCAGGAGGCUUGUAAACUCACUUUCCCAACGAAGAACAAGUCGAUGCCUUCAGCUGUAUGGAAAGAGAAAAGGACGGAAAACAUUUUGUCCAAUAAAAAGGGAAGCAACGGCAGUCAUUCUUCGGCGGCUGUGUCACAGCUGAGUACAAAAUCAACGGGCAAUAGCAAAUGCAAGCCAGGGCCGACUAACAGCGAAGACACAAUUGACAAGACCGAUGAGGAAUCGAGCUAUUCGUCCUUCUACUCUAACUUCUUUAAGAGCGAAUCUGGAAGCGCGGAAGAGGGCGAUCCUAAAAAGAGAACAAAUAAUUCCUCGACAAAUCCCUUCGACGGAAAGGAUGUUGCAAAGGUGCCACGGAGAAAGAUGGACCCACCUUGGAUGGAACAUGUAUGUGUUACAUCAGAGCUGAUAUACAAAUAUCAGGUUAUGCCUAAGAACGUGGAAGAAGUGCUAUUACGGGACAAAGAGAGAUUGUCCACUUUGGAGCAGCCCUCACUAGUCAACGACCAAUUAGGCCAGUUGUACCUCGACCUUCAACUGGAGGGAGUUGCCACUAGGCUAACCCUGGAGGAAGGAAUGACCAGCUCAAGCAGCUCUGGGGAAGAAAACUUUGUGCGAAGCUCCAAAGUUCAGGUCCGCCGAAGAAAACGUGAAUAUAGCAAACUGGUGAUGAUCUAUGAAGAAGACGCCCCACUCCCGCCACCAGAGGACGCUAGUUCAUCAACGUCGUAA